UUCUGAUAUAGUACUAGUAACCCGAAUUUAGCUUGAUCGGCAUUAACGCUCUUUAAAAAUGAUUAAUUCACAUUAGAUAACGAUUGACAAAAAUUGUUUUUAAUGCAUUUCAAUCCCUAUCAAAUUAUUUUAAUGCCAGUCAAAUAGAUUCCUUUGCGGUCAUUCAUAUUAGUUUCAGAUGUGGUUAAGCUGUGUCAAACUAUUUAGUCACGCCCCCAUUAAACGAAAUCAAACUGAUGUUAAGUCCUUUUAAUCUUUAAAGUGUCCGCCUUUUUGUAAGGUAAGUCACUCAAGCAGAACAGCAUCCACUGGAUACACAGCUUUACAUUAUGCUGCUGGGAGGGGAUAUCUACAGACCACAAGAUGUCUAGUAGAAGGAGGUGCCAGUCCCUUGGUUACAACACAUGAGGGUCUGACGCCAUACGAUCUAGCAGCAGAAUAUAAAUUUCUCCAGUAUAAAGAAGUGAUGGAAUACUUACAGUCUGUCAUGUCAGAGGAAUCUUCAGGUGUGACUGCUGGUCAAGGGAUGGAAGGUGAUAUGGUUCCAACUGAAAUAAAAUUAAUGGCUGACAAAAGAUCUAUUGAUUUGUACCUCAAAUUACUUGAGUCAGGCUCUGAAAAAAAGAGAGACAUACGUUUAGUAGUAGUUGGAAAAAAAGGUGCAGGAAAGACAUCAUUGAUUAAAAGAUUGUUCUCUGAAGAGAAUACAGAUGUAACUAGUACAAAUGGAAUAGAAAUCCACACAAUAAAAUGCAAAGCAAAGGCUGAUGAUGGCAUAUGGAAUAAAUUAGAUGGAACCAAUAAAGAAACUGAAAUUCAUGCAAGACUCUUGAAACAAUACAAAGGAACAAUUGAAGCAUCAGUACAAGAAGUAACACAUGAAGUUGUUAGGGAAAACACCCUCAUAACCAUUCUGUACAAGCGUAUUGAGGAAUUGAAAGAAUCAGAGACAGUAAGCCAGCAGCCUAAAAAAAGAAAACUUCAAGUAACCACUGAAUCUCAAGUUGAACCUCCAGUAACCUCGCAGCAACGAAACCAAUCAUUAAAACAGGCAAAAAUGGAUAUUGAAACCAUGCUUAAAUCUAAUGUUGAUUUACAUGACAAAGAGGAGUAUGCCACAUUAUUGCUAUGGGAUUUUGCAGGAGAUGAAGAAUUUUACCACACACAUCAAACCUUUUUGUCCUCAGGUGCAAUUUAUCUUGUUGUAACAAAACUCAAUGAAGCUGACAACAAAAAUGCACAAGAUUUAUUCCAGUUAUGGAUGGACUCAAUCCAUUGCUACAGUAGACUGGAAGAGGACAAAAGUAAUUCUGCUGACAGCAAGACAUCAGAUGAUCUUGAUCCACCAGUAGUUAUUGUUGGUACUUGGAAAGAUGCUGUGACCUCUGAUGUAGAAGAGAUUGACGAUGCAUGCCGAGAAAACAUUUUUAAGUUUACGAAGAAUAUGUCAGAAGAUGAACUAAAACAUAUAAGGCAAGAAUACUUCAUUUCCAAUACAGAAGAUGACCCCAGUGUAUUCCAGCAAAUCCGAGAAGACAUCCUCAACUUAGCCAGAAAAAUAAAAACAUGGAACAAAGUUUACCCCUUAAAAUUUAUUCAGCUGGAAAAACGACUUCAAGAGAAAAAGAAGGAGUUACCAAUUAUUUCCUUUCAUGAAAUUAAGCACAUCUCUACUAAUACACCUAAUCCACUAAAUGAUGAGGAACUCAGAUUGUUCCUGGAAUUUCACCAUGAGAUCAGAGCUUUAGUUUAUUUCAAAGAUCUGUCUUCUUAUAUUAUUUUAGACACACAGUGGUUGUCUGAUGCUUUUAAAUGUAUAGUCACAGCUAAGAAAUUUAGAGCUUUUAGUACUAGAAAUAGAACAAAAUGGGAUGAAUUGUAUAGCAGAGGCAAAUUACAUAGUGAGGUUUUAGACGACAUAUUUAGAAAAAGUGAAAACAUUUUUGCCAAACACAAGGAUCACAUCCUUAACGUAAUGGAGAAAUUUGAUAUCAUUAUACGUCCUAACAUAUCAGAAACUCUAAGAGACGCUGGUGAUGACAAACCUCUCUAUUAUGUACCUUGUAUGAUUAAAUCAGAACCCGAGUGUGAUAUAUACGAAAUGUUUAAUGUUACAGAAAACACUUGUAAUAAGUCCACCUGGUUAUGUUAUAUGUUUAGGUUUCUUCCACCUCAUUUAAUGAAUCAUUUAAUUGCGUCACUGUGCAGGAAAUAUAAAGUUGCAGAAGUUGUAACGAAGGAACAGAAAAGACAAAUUGCUCUCUUCAGAGGUUCAGCUGUCUUUGAGUUACAGAAAACGACAAAAUUAGCAAAAUUGCAUAUAAUGAAAUGUCCGAAUUGGAUUCAAAUUCAGGUUUGGCAAUUUGAGAAAGGACGUCAAGGAGGUAUGUACAAAUACAUUGACGACUUUGUGACGGAGGAAAUUGUCAAAAUAAUAAGCACAAGAUUUAAGAUGUCGAAUGUGAACUUUUGGAAAAAAUGGGAAUGUGGCCUAACAAAACCAGAGUCUGUUACAGGAUCAAAUGACUUUCGUGAAGAUCAGAAUACAAAAUAUUAUUGUGUGACAUGUAAAAUUGCACAUGAGUUCACUGGUGAAUGGUCAGAUCUACAACAUAGAACAUUUGAUAUGUCACAGAGUUCUGAAAACGUUCCAAUAUAUAAUUCUCACACAGAAAGAUCCAGUCAAAUCCAAACUACCAGUCAAUCCACCAAGGUACGUGUCUGGUUCCAAGCUGGUGAGAGAGUAUUUUCAAAUGCCAAUGAAGGGGCAACAGGAACAGCCAGUUCGGCAGGGUUCACAAAAGAGGAAAUCAAUUUUGCAAAGAUGGGAAUGAUUGCGCUGAAUAUUCUUGCUGAUGUUUUAUAUGACCUUUUAAAACCAGAUAAACCAAAUCUACGUCCAAGGAACGAUUCUGAUAUAACAUACUUAUAUAGUGAGCACAGGAAACUUAAUAAACAUAUUCCAACUAAUGGAUGGGGAGGGAUAUGUCAAGUUGAUCAGGUUACAGGCAUAGUUCCUGGAGAUGAUAUUGAGCGCAUAAGACUUACAAGGAAUGAACUACAACACUCUAGGACAUUUAAACUUGAAGAAACACGUUUUAAUGAGUUGCGUAUUAUAAUAUGUGACCUUUUAAAACGGUUUGACCACUAUAGCAAACCAACAAAACUGUAUACAGACGUGCUAAAAGAUAUUCUUGCUAAAACUAUUUCAGAUGAGGAUGUGAAAUCAGUGAAAAAUGAUUUACCGGAAAUGACUUUUGAGUUCGAAGUAGAACAACACUUCAAUGUUCCAAUGCAAUAGAGGAAUAAAGGUGUUUUCAUCAUUUGUAUGGCAAACAGUUAUUUUUGCGAUGAGAAAUACACAUAUUACCUUAGAAAGUUAGCAGAAGACCAAUCCCUUGUGGAUAGAAGGCGAUCAUCUUUAUAUCUAAUCAAUAUAUCAUGUUAAUAGCAAUGUAAUGCUACCGAUAAACAUCAGACAAUCAUGUAGA